AUGUUUAAUGAAAUAGAGGGAGAGCAUGAUGAUGUGGCUAUAAGUACUUUCAAGGCUGGUCUUCUAGCCGAGCAUGAUUUAAGGAAAUCUCUAACUGGCAUUUCGGAUGAGGACAAGGUUGGAACCAUACAGCCCCAUGAUGAUGCUUUGGUGGUCACGCUGACAAUUGGUGGGUACGAUGUAAAAAGGGUAAUGAUUGAUCAAGGUAGUGCUGUUGAUAUAAUGUACCCAGAUUUGUAUAAGGGGCUAGGUUUGAAGCCUGAAGACUUGGCAGCCUACAGUUCCUCUCUGGUGAGUUUUGAGGGAAGGAUAGUCGUUCCAAAAGGACAUAUCAGACUACUUGUGCAAACCGGUAGGGAUGUGAUGGAAGUGGACUUCAUUGUUGUAGAUGUUUUCUCUCCAUACACGGCUAUUAUGGGCAGACCUUGGCUUCAUACCCUAGGAGCAGUCUCAUCUACUCUACAUCAGAAAGUGAAGUACCCAUCUAGAGCAUUACCCUUAGAUGUACCAGCUGACGAGGUAAAGUGUGAAGAUUUGGAGAGGGUAAUUGUUGCUAAUGAUCCGGAGAGAUUUUUCCAAGUUGGGGCUAAACUGCCUUUGCAAGAGAAGGAGCGAUUGCUAGAAUUCCUCAGAGAAAAUGUAGAUAUGUUCACAUGGAGCCCAUAUGAAGCCCCAGGUGUAGAUUCAAAUUUCAUUUGUCAUCGACUCAACGUGAAUCCUUCUGUUAUUCCGAAAAGACAGCCUCCUCAGCGACCAUCAAAAGAGCACGUCGAAACUGUCAAAAGUGAGGUGGCCAAGCUCAAGCAGGCUGGGGCUAUCAAAGAAGAUUUUUACCCUUAA